AUGUCUGAAUUGAAGAGUAAAAAGAGGAAAUUCAACGUCGAGGGUCGCGUUUUCCAGCAGAAAUGGGAGAGUCUGUACUUUUUCAGCAUUGUACAGAACAAGAUUCUUUGCCUCAUUUGUAUCAAAGAGAUCACAGUGCCAAAAGAGUACAAUUUACGACGACACUACGAGGCAUUCCACAGGGAUAAGUAUGAUGUUUUCGAAGGGAAAUUGAGAGAGGAGAAGCUGAAGAAACUGAAAUUGGAUAUGCAAAGGCAACAGAAUAUCUUCACUGUUGCCACCAAGUCCAAUGAUGCAGCUAUCCAUGCAAGCUUUGCAGUCUCGCAGAUCAUUGCAAAGAACUCCAAACCACAUACGGAUGGGGAAUAUGUGAAGAAAUGUAUGAUAAAGGCAGUAGAAAUUCUGUGUCCUGAAAAGGUGAAGCUCUUCCAUGCCAUCAACCUUUCAGCAAAUGCAGUUGCUAAUCAUGUAAACGUUUUUACAGAAGAUGAACAGCUUCAGGUCAAAGAAAAGUGUAAAGAUUUUGUUGCCUAUUCAAUUGCCAUUGAAGAAAAUACUAGUGUACCUGACCAUCUGCAGCUCGCUGUUUAUAUUAGAGGUAUCAGUGAUGAUUUUGAGUUGGCUGUGGAACUUCUGGGAAUGCUCCCAUUCAAUGAAAGCACCAGUGCUGAUGACAUAUUUUCUGGGUUGCUCAGUCUCUUAAGUAAACAUGUGUUGCCAUGGGAAAAAAUGGUUGGGUUUCUGAAUGAUGGAGCUAGAGUUAUGAUUGAUAAGAGUGAUAGUGUUGCUGCUAAAUUUAAGAAAAUUAUGAAGGAUUUUGAGGGAUCAUCUUCCUUCUUCACCAUGCACUGCAUAUUGCAUCAACAUGAAUUGUGUGCAAGCAGUUUGAAGAUGGACCAUGUGAUAGAUACAGUUAUAGAAAUAAUAAAUUAUAUUAGAGCAAGUGCCUUUACCCAUCAGGAAUUACUUGGAUUAUUAGAUGAGGUGGAAAGCGAGCAUAAUGAGAUUAUUACUCGGAUUUACUGGAAGCAAUCAGAGCAUUUUUGCAUGAGGAGAACAAAACCGUUGAUGAUUUAUGCAACGUAUCCUGGAUUAGCGAUCUAG